AGGGGUAGAAUGCGUGUGUACGUCCUAUUCCGGAUAUAAACUUUAUUUUAUUGUUAUCGAUUCGCACAAAGUGUUACAUUAACAAUGUGUGUAUUAUAAACGUUAUGUGUUGUGUUCAUGAUAUCUUACUAAGCGUUUUUUUCCUAUUUGAGUGUCGAUAAUCAUGCAAAAUGGCCAACGAUAUGUGGUCAUGUACCUGUUGUACCGAGGCGCUGACUUGUUGGUUGCGUCUCAAGCUGUCUCCAGAGGAGAUAGAGCAGCGGUACAGAAGCAAGGAGAUCGAUAGGAUACUAGAGAAGGAUAAACAGACGUUGCGGCGACAGGUCAAACUUUUGCUGCUCGGUGCAGGAGAAAGCGGAAAAUCGACAUUCCUGAAGCAGAUGAGGAUCAUACACAAAGUGAAGUUCGAGCCGGAACUGGUGCGCGAGUUCCAGCACGUGAUAUACCAGAACAUUGUAAAGGGGAUACAGGUGUUAGUGGAUGCGAGGGAUAAGCUUGCGAUUCCUUGGGAAAAUCCGAGGAAUCUGGACAUUGGGCAGCAGGCUUUGCAUUUUAACAGUACGGCGUCGCUAGACAGCCGAUUGUUCAUGCAUUAUGCGCCGCAUAUACACUCGUUGUGGUUAGACAGAGCCAUAAAGAGGGCCUAUGACAGGCGGAGAGAAUUUCAAUUGAGCGAUUCAGUAAGCUACUUCUUCGGUGAGCUGGAGCGCAUAGCGAGGCCGGACUACAUGCCCUCGCACCAGGACAUCCUCCACUGCCGGAAAGCCACGAAGGGCAUCACGGAGUGUACGAUCAACAUCAACAAUGUGCCAUUUGUCUUCGUCGAUGUCGGCGGACAACGGACGCAGAGGCAGAAGUGGACACAGUGCUUCGAUUCCGUCACGUCGAUAUUGUUUCUAGUUUCGUCCUCUGAGUUCGACCAAGUGCUAUCGGAAGACAGGAAAACGAAUCGUCUCGAGGAGGCGCUGAACAUUUUCGACACGAUCGUGAACAAUGUCAAUUUCAAGGGCAUCUCUAUCAUACUUUUUCUCAACAAGUCGGACCUGUUAGCGAAGAAGGUCGCCAGCAGUGAGACGGACAUCCGCUGGUAUUACCCCCAGUUCGCAGGUGACCCCCACAACUUGAGAGAUGUGCAGAUGUACUUGCUCAACAUGUUCGCGAACGUCCGGAGGGAACCAAAGACAACCUUGUACCACCAUUUCACCACCGCCAUAGACACUCACAACAUAGAGGUCGUAUUUAAUUCCGUCAAGGACACUAUCCUGAAUCGCAAUCUCGAAUCUCUAAUGCUACAGUGACAUAUGUCAUGGACUAAUAAUGAUUGUGAUAAUUUCUGGCAAUACUGCACUGUUUUAUCUGUUCUAUUAGUAGGUGAUUUUGUGCGCUCUGUUGUCAUUUCGUUUUAUAUUCUGCAUAAUAUGAAAGCACAUUUUAAAAGACAAGGAAUGUGAUUUUUUUAUUAUUUCUUUAUUUUAGAGCUUUAUCGUCGGCCUACUCUCGGUAGCUUUAUAACGGUCGAGAGAGCGCGGGAAAUUUUGGGGAGUUGCUUGAUAAAUGCUAAAAGUUUUUUGAGAAUGGGUAGUACCUGUAUUACGUAGCAUAGUAUGGCAUAAUCACUGAGUAUGACAAUUCUGACAUUUCUGAUUACCGGCCCGUGAUAAAGACCCGAGAAUUAUAAAACUAGAAUUUUAAAAUUUCUUGAUAGUGAAUAAAUUGUUUUGAGCAAUGGUACUUUUCAUACAUAAUAAAGAAACAAAAAAAAAUUUAGUGUGAUCCGGCCCACCUAGUCUCUCAACUAACUCUUGAUUAAAUAGUUAAGCUAGCAUAUGAAAAUAUAUCAGAGAUGUUUCACUUCUUUCGCGUUUACGGAAAAGCGCAGCUUCUAUUUUCUUGUAGAACAGUUAAAGAUAAAAAUUUUGAUAUAU